AUGGACUCCUCCGAGAAGGCCAAAGGAAAGGAGAAGGUGGAGACCAUGGAAGUGAGCGAAACCAUCAGUUCUGUUGGAGGGGAGGGUAACCCCAGUGCAGCAGGCGGCCUUUCCCCUGGCGAUAUCCUAGCUACGGACGUUUGGGCCGAAACAAUGCUGGAUAAAAUCAAAGUCCUUCAGAAGCCACCUAGUCACACUGCAUCCAAAAGCAUCAGCACAGCUCCUGCAAGCACUGAGGACCGUGACAAGAAGCUUUACGAGCCAAGGGCGGUGGCCAUCGGUCCCUACCACCGGAAGACGGAGAAUAAUUAUUUCAGAAUCACGGAUAAACACAAACUGUGGUGUGUGCAAGAAGUGAUCGGCUUUCACCCAAAAAAAGAAGAAGAAGAAGAAGUGAUCGGCGAUAGUUACAAACAAGACCUCGGUAAAUUCCUCGGUAAGAUGAAGGAGAGGGAAAGAGAUGCUGUGAAUUUUUAUCGUGAAUGUUAUGGGACAGACAAUAACUUCGGCAUGAAUUCCAAAAGUUUUCUGGAGAUGCUAAUGCUUGAUAGCUGCUUCAUCUUGUUUGCGCUUUCAUUGCAUUAUAAUCCUGUCAAGGUACUCCCUUUUGUGGGUGGCCUUGAAGAUGGACCAUGGGCACCACGUGAUAUAGUGGGGGCAUCGGAGCUUGUCAAGACUGACUUGCUGUUGCUCAACAGCCAAAUCCCUUUCUUUAUCCUUGAGGAUGUUUUCAAUAUGCAAAUUGCUAUUCACCCAAACGAAUAUAUUUACACUGAAGGCAAUGAAGGCCAACCCACAAUCAGAAAAGUUGCUCUCAAGUUUUUUGGUACUCUCGGUUUAGAAUGCAACGGUUCGAAUGACACAGAAACAGAGGAGGUUCAUCAUCUGCUUCAUUUGUACCACAUGUAUUUGAAGCCAACGAAGCAUCGUGCUGCAAGCCUUCCUGGAGAUACAUUUAUAAUUAUCAAUCCACGGCGAUAUCUCCCCAGCGCAACAGAGCUCCAACGAAAGUCCGCGGUGAAUUUUAAGGUGAAAAAAACGGUAGGUGUGCCACAAUGCGUGCUCGACGUAACGACGAGGAAAUCUGGAGAUAUCCAGGUGCCGGCAUUGGGCGUCUAUGACCAUACCAAUAUUCUCCUCCAUAAUCUAAUCAACUUUGAGCAGUCUCUUGGCAACAUGGACUCGUACAUCACAGCCUACGUCGCAUUCUUGAAUCACAUCGUGCAGAGAGAAGAAGACGUGGAGCUGCUUGAUACAAGAGGGGUGUUGGAGCACAGAUUGACCAGCCGUGCGGAGGUGGUCGCUGUCUUCAGGCAAUUACAUAAUGUGAUCGAUCAUUAUAAGACGCCCGGUUACUUGGCUAGCGUAUACGAGGAGGUGAAUGAUCGUUGCACCAGCAAGUGGCGCAGAAUCUAUGCCGAUGGGAAGCAACGUUAUUGCUCCAAUGUAUGGCUGAGCAUGUCGUUUGUUGCCGGCAUCGCUCUAUCAGUUCUCGCCCUCAUCCAGACCAUCUACGCCGUCGAGGGCUACAAGAGAAAAUGA